GUCUUGGAAGAAGUACACAUUAUGUGUUUUGCUGUGAUUUUCUGGAUUACUUGACAUGCCAGCUAAGAAAUCCGUUCUUCAUCCUUCCCUAAGAAGAGGAAAUAAAAGGAGAGACGACGGUUCGUUCUUUAAUGGCCUCCUCAUGUGGACGUAACAGGUGGCAUCUCUGAAACGAAGAGCGCAGUCGACUGACAAGGCGCAGACUCCCAGCAGAGCCCCGUUUUGGGACACUCCAGGGGGACCUGUCUGAAGGAAGCACUCCAAAAACACAAGACUCCCCCCAUUGCUCCCCCAACCCCACCCCUCCACCCCUUCACCUCCGUGGGGCCAUGAAUCCCCCGACCGACCCCCCGAGGGGCUGCAGCGCGGACAUGGACCCGCUCUACUACAAGCUGUGCGACCUGGAGGCGGUGUGGGGCGUGGUGGUGGAGGCCUUGGCGGCGGCCGGCCUGCUCUCCUGCGUGGUGCUGCUGGUGGUGCAGUUGGCCAGCCUGCCCUUCGUGCCGGACGCCACGCGCCGCAGCAUGAGCCUGCUGCAGGCCAGCGUCAUCGUCUUCACGCUGGGCCUCUUCGGCCUCUCCGUGGCCUUCGUGGUGGGCCGGGACUACAGCACGUGUGUGGCGCGCCGCUUCCUGUUCGGCGUGCUGUACGCCGGCUGCUUCUCCUGCCUGCUGAUGCACGGGCUGUGGCUGGUGCUGCUGGAGCGCGGCGAGGGGGGCCGGGGGCCGCGCGGCUGGCUGCUGUGGCUGGGGGCCAUGGCGCUCUGGCUGGUGGAGGUGGUCAUCAACACCGAGUGGCUCAUCAUCACCACGGCGCACAACCAGCUGGGUGGCGGCGGCGGCGGUGGAGGUGGAGGUGGUGGUGGUGUUGUCGCGACCACGCCGGAGCUCUCCUGCCUCAUCACCAACAAGGACUUUGUGAUGGCGCUGAUCUACGUGAUGGUGCUGCUGGUGGCCCUGGUGCUGAUGGCCGUGCCGUCGCUCACGCACAAGCACCGCAAGCUGCGCCGCGACGCCGUCUACAUCCUGCUGGCCGGCGUGCUCUCCAUGGCCGUGUGGGUCACCUGGAUCGUCAUGUACCUGCACGGCAACCGCAUCGUGGGCGACGCCACCUGGGACGACCCCACCCUGGCCAUCGCCCUGGUGGCCAACGCCUGGUUCUUCCUGGCGCUCUACACCAUCCCGGGCAUAUGCCAGCUCAACGACGUCACCCAGAGCCAGGAGGAGCACGAGCACGAGGACCACCUGUACCCCACCAGGGGCGCCGUGUACGAGAACAUCCUGCGGGACCAAGCCGAGGCCAAGCAGAACAUGUACAUGGAGAACAAGGCCUUCAGCAUGGACGAGCCCAGGAAGGCCUUGAGGCCCGUAUCUCCAUAUGGUGGCCCCAAUGGGCAGCUGAGGAGCGCUGUGUACCAGCCUACUGAGCUAGCCCUUAUGACCAAAGACCUGGGCAAGAAGGACUUCCCUCGCGACUCGGCCAUCCCCAGGGCCUCUGCCACCACCAGCGUCCAGGGCAGUAGCAGUGGUGUUGGGGGUGGAGGUGGUAGUAAUCCCGGCUCCAUCCCCAGACCACGCAUGGGCCUGCCGCUAGUUGGCAUGGCCACCACCACCGCCAUCCCCACCAACAGGCACUUUUACAAUGCUUCUGACUGACCUGAACAGUGACUGGACCGAAGAACAGAAACAGAGAGGGAGGAACUGUUCUUCAGACAUGUGGAGUGUCUUUCAAGUCCAUCAACCAUCAGACCCCUCCUUCAAAAAACAAAGCUAAUAGAUGAAGCCUGCUGUAUCAGUACAACCCUCCACAAAAUGUGACACUUCAGUAAGGUGACAAUAUGCUCCUGGAGGUCAGUAGAGAGGCCUAAUGAGCAGGAAGCGUGACGACUGGUGAAACAUUUUCCUCCUGAGACCGGAUGCUUUGGAUUCAUGCUUUGGUUCAAUGUAUUUUAAACUACACUGUGAUUUCUAUGUUAAUAUCUUAUUUAGUCUGAAAUUAUGUCAUGUCAUGUUUUUUUUCAUCGAGAUAAUUCACUACACAGAAUCACUCCGAAAACUGCAAGCGGAACUUUUAUGUGCAGUGCAGUCCGUCAAAUGUUUGUUUUAUCUUAUUCUUUGUGGUCAGGCAAUCUUUAACUUCAGGUCAGCCAUGUCGUGCACACGUUUCUCAUUAUCACUGUGGCUGAGUUCCGUUUUGUUUUCCUGCUUGUUUUUUUUUUGCUAAGCCCAAAGGACUUUCAUUAAGGACACAACUGGUAGAGAGGAAUACGUAGGGGCUGACUAUUUGCCAACUGUUUUCAAUGAUUCUGAGCCGAAAUGUCAAUCACAAAUAUUAUCAGAUUGUAAAUACUUAAAGAUUUCUUGUGUUAAGUUAAACACUGUUAUAAUAUGUAUUUAAUAUGUGAAGCUUGUGCCUUUUUUUCUCUGGAGUGAAUGGAGUGUGUUUACCUGAUAUGAGAGUGCUGGUUGAAUUUCAUUGAUUUAUAUCAUCGAAGUUAGGUUAUUAGUGUACAGAUUGUUUAUAGUCUAGACUUGAACCUGUAAUUAUGUGUUUUUAAUGUUAAAUUAAGCAUAAGCAUUUAUGAUUUUUUUGAGGAGAUCUUGCCGUAUUAUAGACACAUCAAGAAACUAAUCCUUACUCUGUCAGUUUACACUCAGAAAUGGCACAGGCUUGUAGUCAGUUGACUUUUCUACGGUUUCAUGUGUUUUGUAAUAUGUGUCCAAUAAAUAUGU